AUGGUGCCAGCCUUUGCAACUCGUCACCCACCACCCCCAAGCACCUCGACGUCCAGUACUACUCCUUACUACUCCUAUGAUGGACCAGCCCUGGCACCAGCCACGACUAUCAAGCCAGCCCCAGAGACUUCCAAGGAUUUCCUUCGGAACAUGCGAGAUCUACAGAAUUGCAUGGCUGAUUUCUCAGAUGCCCAUGAUGCAGCUAUCUCUGUUGUUGCGCCGCUGACGAAUUUCUCCAAUGAGAAGCUCUCUUCAACUCUAUUUCUCGGAUGUACGAUUGCAAUAGUAGUAUUGUUUAUCAGUGCGCAUCUGCUGCCCCUCAAAAUUGUGCUGCUUGUUGGCGGCAAUGCGCUGAUUCUCUCCAUCCACCCAACGGUGGGGCAAUUCAUAUCUGCUUUGAUGCAGGAUAUGGCUGGGGAUUCCAUUGACACAGAUUCGGAUGAGAAAGAUGGCUUCGCCUCAUCGGUCCCUGCAGACCCAUCUGCAGCAAUGUCGGCCAUGGAAAAGCUUGCAGAUAUCUCCUUGGACAUAUAUCCCGAAGAGCGGGAGGUGGAAAUUUUUGAGCUGCAGCACCGGGCCGCAGGAACGUCGGAGUCUGGGUGGGAGAGCUUCCUGUUCAGUCACGCGCCUUACGACCCGCUAUCACCAUCUCGCAUCGCUGGGGACCGACCUCGUGGGUGCCGAUUCUUUGAGGAUGUCCGUGCCCCACGUGGCUGGGCCUGGAAGAGCAAGAAGUGGGAACUCGAUCUAGACUGCCGUGAAUGGGUGGUGGAGCGCAUGAUCACCAGUGUUGGGUUCGAGGUCCCAGGCGUAAAUGCUGAAGGCAACGCCAUUGUCGGAGAAGUUGGUGGUUGGGUUUGGGACUUGCCUCCAACUCGGCACGAGUCAGAUGAUGAUUUGACAUUAGCUUACGGAGACCUACCUGAUUCACCAUCUCCCAAUGAAACCAAGGUCAAGGAGAAGGGGAAGGAGCAAGCGAAGUCACGGGAUUGGGAGGAAGGGACUGCGUCCUACGGAGUGGGAGAAUGGAGACGCCGACGAUGGGUACGAGUGGUGCAACGAAUAAGCCUUCCGCCGGCGGGGGUUGUUACCUACUCGACCCUCAGUAGUAACAGCUAA